AUGGGUUUCAUCAGAUUUCAUCUACUUAUUAAUGCCAUUUUUGCUAUAUUAACCCUUCUAACCUCUUUCACCCAUCAAGCAAAUGGAGAGUAUUAUUAUCUUAACAAAGUAGAACCCAGAUGUAAUCUUUUCAAAGGGAGUUGGGUUUUCCAAAACCAUUCUUAUCUUUUCUAUGAUAAUUCAAGCUGUCCCUUCAUCACUAAAGAAUUCAACUGCGAGUCUAAUGGUAGACCUGAUCAUCUUUACCUCCAUUACCGAUGGAGGCCUCAUGCUUGCAGCUUGCCCAGAUUCAAUGGUCAUGAUUUCUUGCGGAGAUUCAGAGGCAAAAGAAUAAUGUUUGUGGGAGAUUCUCUAAGUUACAACCAGUGGCAAUCACUUACAUGCAUGCUUCAUGCUAAGGUUCCACACUCCCCGUACUCAUUGGUCCGAAAUGGAUCCCUCUCUACCUUCACUAUUCCGCAUUAUGGAAUUUCAAUUAUGCUCUCCCGUAAUGCGUUUCUGGUGGACCUUGUACAUGAAAAAGCCGGGCGAGUUCUAAAAGUCAACUCCAUCAAGGGUGGUGAUGCGUGGAAAGGCUUUGAUACUCUGAUCUUCAACACCUGGCAUUGGUGGGGUUAUAAGGGUGCUCUGCAACAAUGGAAGUACCUUGAUACAGGAAACCGAAUAUUAAGAGAUAUGAAUCGUUUAGAGGCUUUUAAGAUGGGCCUGAAAACUUGGGCCCGGUGGGUAGAGUCCAAUAUAGAUCCUUCCAAGACUAAAGUCUUCUUCCAAGGAAUUUCUCCUUCACACUACAGGGGAAGUGAAUGGGGUGGAUCAAAUGUGAAGAACUGUGGAGGGCAAACUCAUGCAUUAAAGGACUCACACAAUCUAACAGGGUUUUCUGAGCCACGGGGUGUGGUGAGGAGGGUGUUAAAGAAGAUGAAGAAGCCUGUGUAUUUACUGGACAUAACGAUGCUCUCACAAUUGAGAAGAGAUGGUCACCCUUCAUAUUACACCGAUGGAGCUCGUUCGGGCAUGGAUUGCACUCAUUGGUGUCUUGCAGGUGUUCCUGAUACUUGGAACCAACUCUUAUAUGCGGCUCUAAUCCAAAAAUAAACUACAAAUACUAUA